UAGCGUUGCUAGGCAACAACAUACUAAUCCUGCAUGCAAGCAGCAUUAUUCUUACCAAAAAAUGGAGUCCUCUAGUAGUAGCGGCUCAUACAACAGCAAUGGGAGCAACUAUAUCAAGAUAGUGGACUUCCCCGUGGAUGAAGUGACGUUCAUUGAUACAGGACAAGGAGAAGAGACGGUCACUUAUCACGUCCAGAACUGCAGUGCCUCUUCAAAGAGGCUGAGGGCAGCUCUGAAGAAAGGAAGCAGUGAAGCUUUUAGUUUAUUAGCUGGUAAGGAAGAGAGGCUUUUAGCUCCUGGUCUAAAGUUAGCUGUCACUAUCAAGUUCACACCAAAAGGGAAGCCAGGUUCAUCUUACGACGGAGACCUCAACUUGUUUGCUGAUGACUAUGUUGCCAUGAGCAUCCCAAUAGUUGGGCAUCCCCCAUAUCCAUUGCUUACUUUCACUCCGGAUUGUAUUGAUUUUGGUUCUCAAGUCUGUGCUCAUCAAUCAGUCUCUCGUUCAAUCACUCUAUUCAAUACUGGGAGGGCCCCUGGCUCCUUCUCCGUUAGCACUCGUCACUUACCAUCAUACCUCACCAUUACUCCUCUAGAGGGAGCAAUCUCACCAGGCUCACAGGAAUCCAUUAAUGUUGACUUGCUUUGUAGAAAAGUUGGCAUAAUGGAAGAGAACAUUGAGAUACAAUUGGAGUCUGAUACUAUCAGUAUACCAGUCACUGCUAGCAUUGUACAGCCUCAGUUGGAGUUACUUGACAGCGAGAGUCUUGCUCCAACGUCUUCGCUUCAUUUAGGAACUACUUAUUAUGGGACUAUAAAGCAUAAAUCAAUUGUCAUUUAUAACAACAGCCCAUCUCCAGUUGAUUAUGUGGCAGCAAUUAGCAAGGAGAGUCCACCUUAUGGAGAGGGUGUGGAUAUGAAGGGUACGCUAGCUAUGGCAUGUACAAAAGGAGGUCUUUAUCAACACAAUUGGAGAGAGCAGAGUGAUGUACCAAUCUCUGAGAGACUCUUCAAUUUAUCUCCUAAUGAAGGAACACUCAGGCCAUAUCAAACUGAAAGGAUUGACGUUACAUUCUAUCCUAUGCUUGAUCAGUCAGAGAAAGGCUGGGAGCAUCAUCAAGGGCUGGCAUGUAGGAGAGACUAUGCACUAUAUGUACACAUUACUCCAGUGGGUCUAACUAAGCAAGGAUAUGAACAAAAUGUUGUUGAGUUAGGAUUAACAGCCACUGCAUUACCAAUUCAGAUCUCACUAGAGCCAUCUGAGAUACAGUUUGGCAAGUGUUUAGAAGGAGCACUAAACAGUCAGAAAAUGAUGAUAAGGAAUGACUCUGACAGCCUACCACUAACAUACAGACUAUCAGUCCCUGCCCAUUAUAAAAUAGAUCACAAUAAAGGCCACAUACUACCAGAAAAGGAGCAAAGUGUAGUAGUUAUAUUUCAACCUAAGCAACUUGGGGAUUUAAAUGGCUACCUCUUACUGGAGAUAAUGGGAGAGCAUAUUGACGGGGUAGCAUCAGUAUUUGCUGUGUAUAAGGUUCCAUUGAUGGGGUCUUGCAUUAUUGAUAAUCAGAGAGGGAAACGAGAGAGUAAGACCCAAAAACUUAUACUAGAUGAUUUGGCAGCUAGCAUUAGGCCUCAUGACAGGAGCGUUAAAAUAAAGAGCCCUUUUACUAAAGUCAAUCGUCACACUUACGUUGAUCCUGAUUUUGCAUACACUGACAGCGAGAUGGCUGAUAUCAAGGCUCACCAGCAGUCAUACAGAGACUACAUUAAUGAUAGUAGAAAAGAGAGACUAGCAAGAGAAAAGGAAAGGAAACUUGGUAACACUGAAUACAUUACUAGCACUGAUAUUGGUAUAGAGCCUGGUGCAGGGAUAAAGCCUCCUUCAAUUGCUCUGAGGGACCAGUUCACUGAUUAUAAUGAAACUAGAACUGAUAGCAAUAGCAACAGCAGCACACAGUCACCUCUCCCUCCUCUCAAUGAGGAAACAAUACUGGAGCAAUGUCAAAUGAGACUAUCACCACAACAGCUCUCCAAUAUCAAACUAGAGCCCCAGUUGCUCAAGUUAGGUGUUGUUGUGAAGAAUUUUCCUCUGGAGAAGACUCUGAUACUUACUAAUGAAAAUUCACAGUGCAUCAGACUGUGUUUAGAGAGUAAGUCUAUUUUUAUCAAGUUUGGUUCAUCUUCUUCAAGUGAAGGCUCAUGCUUUCUUGAGUGUGUUUUGACACCUUACUCACGUGUUAAUUUUACUGUUACUUUUCAGUCUGACCAGCUUGGAGACUUUAAUGAGAGCAUCAAGUGUAUCAUUAACAAUGAUCACAUUUACCACAUCCCAGUCACCGUAUCUGUCACUGAUGCUUCGCUAUCACUCUCACCCUCACACAUUACACUAUCAUCACCUCCACUAUCCACACUUAACUCACUAUUGGAAGGACAGGUGACAUUACACAAUCCUCAUCAUGUUCCUACUGGAUUCUCAUGGGGCCUUGAUGAUCAUGAUGACUAUGUUGCUGUUACUCAUAUGGAGGGUGUAGUUCCUGCUCAUAGUUCUCUUGUCUGUGCUAUAUUCUGUCAGGGUAAUGUACCCAAGGAAUGCACUCGCCUUUCUUUGACUCUUAACGUGGAGGGAGGAGAGAAGAAGAAGCUCAACUGCUCAUUGAAAUAUUGGAAAUCUGAUUGUAGCUUCAAAGAGACACGCCUCAUCUUUAAUCCUGCUCCACAAUACCUACCAGUAAAGAAGACAGUCCAUAUAGUUAACAAAGGAACUAAUCAUGGCUACUUUGAAGUUCUACCGUUUCAGCCCAGCACUGAUUGUAUCUCUGUCCAGCCAGAGAGGGGACAUGUUCCUGCUGGUGAUAGCGUCCAAUUGACAGUACAACUCUGUUACUGGGAGGAGAUGAUAUUUGAGUCAAUAUUGAAAGUGAGACUCCACGAGGGGAAGAUGCUCUCAAUGAGGAUCAAUGGAAGUGUUGAGGCACCUAAAGUCUUCAUUAAUCUUGAUCAGUUUAAUUUUGGUGUGGUCUAUUGUGGUGUCAAACUCUCUCUACCCUUCACUAUUCACAAUAUGGGACAAGCUCAUACUGUGUUAUCUAUUGAUUUAAGUUUUUAUGAAGAUUUCACUCUUAUUCUACCCGAUGAUGAUAAUCCUUAUAAAGAUACACAAGUAGACUUGUCAUCAUUUAAAGACUCAUCUAAUAAAUAUGAGCUGACCAUACCUCCUUCAACUGCUGUCAAAUGUGCAAUGGAUUUCACACCUAGAGAUGUAGCUUCAUAUGACUUUAUACUGCCUAUACUUGUCAAUGGACAGGAUCCUGUACCACCUCCUUUGUCUCACUGGCCUCCUGGACGCACUCACAAAUCACAAGUGGCUGUUGAUAAGAAAUUACCCUCUUAUAAGAAUACUCCUAAGCGUAGGGUACUAGCAACAGCACUUGUUCCUCCAUUGCAAGUAUUACAUAAUAAUAUUGAGUUUCACAUUGCACCUGAAAUGAAUAUUGUCAGUAAACUCAGUGAGCAGGUUGUCUCAUUGACUAAUGUAAGUUCAGAGCCUCUUACCUGGGGCAUUAAGGAUAAGAAUGAAAAGCGUUUGAGCGAUGGAACUUUCAGGUUCAUUCUCUUUUCAAAGAGCAGCGUGCCAUUUGAGCUUCCUUUAUGCACUAAAACUGAUCCAAUCCCUGGAGAGAUUGGUCAUCUUGCUCCAGGCCAGUCCUUCAAGUUUAAAGCCUUAUUCAGUCCUGGUCAUCAUGGUCAUUUCUCAUUGUCACUGCCAGUCUACAUCAAUGGUGAUAGGUCACUGGCAUACAGUACACUGGAGUUUACUGGUGACAUGGUCUCUGGUAGACUCUCAGUCUCUCCUCCUCAUGUGGCCAUCCAGCCUGUACCACUGGGCGUCACUGUUGAAGCCCGAUUCAUUGUCACUUUGGAAAAAUUUUAUGGUAAGGUUGAGUUGUCUGGAUCAGCUCCCUCAUCAUUGCCUGAUAAUGUGAGUAUGUCUGUCCAGUUGUCUGGCCCUAUGAAAGAAGAGAAUACCAUACAGAUCCCUUGUGUCCUUACCUUCUCUUCAUCUCUACCAAUAUCUAUAACUGAUUGUGUCACUUUCACUGAGAAAAACACAAAAACUAUAAAAUCAGUUCCAUUCUCUGUAGCCGCUGACAACAGUUUGAUGACAACCUACGAGUUCUUUUCCGAGAACUUAAGUUCAAUUAACUUUGAGUCUUCCCCUCCGUCCUUUGUCCCGAUCCUCCGUCUUCCCUCGUGGCCGUUCAAAUCCUCUUCAUGCUCCACCCUCUCCACCUGCAGUACCAACAGACCACCUCCUCCUCCUGGCAUAUAUCCUAGUGCCACUAGCUCUGCAAUGGAGUAUGGUAAUCUCUUCCUCUACCAGUCAAAGGUUGCUCUCUGUCGCUAUGUCUCGUUGUUCGGUUGGUCUGAUGGUAUUAGACACGUUAAGGGACCCAAUGGUCUAGUGGAAUGUGUUGGAAUACAAAGUUAUAGUUCAAAUGUUAAGAAGAAAUAUGCGAAAGCUCUUACGUCAUCCCGUGGCCCAUUGCUUGACUUGAUGCGUCAUUUGUGCGGUCGCCUUCCUCCAGGGAUACCAUUGAACCCACCUCCUUGUAACACAAGGGCAGAAAGGGUUGACAGACACUUCAAGGAACUAUCAGCCAUACUGGCAUUCCUUGAGGCUCAAGGUGCUUUGCUGUGGAUAGUAGUCCCAGAGUCACUGAUGGAUUGGAAUGAUUUCUGCUACUGGAGGACCAGUCACCCAAACACUCACUCAUUACUAGCCUGCUCAACUCAUGAAGAAUUUAACGAGUUCUCAGAGAAAGCUUGGACACACCUACUAGCCCAAUUAAUAAAGGUUCUAGUGAUUCCUAGACACUCAUCUCCUUCAGCUAAUCAGUUUAGACAAGCAAAGGAGAGCAAUGUAUACUCAUCUCACGAGGUUAUGCUAUUGAACUGGAUGAAUCAUCACUUUGAAAGGGAAGGACGGAAGCUGUAUGGGAGCAAUAUUGUGUCACGUACAAUACAAACGUUUGACGUUGAUCUAAUGGAUUGUAUUGUCAUAGCCUGUUUGCUGGUAGCUUAUGUACCAUCACUGUUUGAUACUGAUCUUAAUGGGCUUUAUCCCGAGCCAUUGACUCCUGAACAAGUCUCACAUAAUUCAUUAUUAUUGGUACAAGCUAUACAAAGGAUUGGCAUCAAUUAUGACAUCCAGGCCAGUGAUUUCUCUGCUCCCAAUCCAAUGAUGCUGAUAUUGUUUUGUAGCCAUCUCUUUCACAUUCUUCCUCAUUAUGUUCCAUCUUCCUCCAUUAAGCUACAGGGAUCCCUUCACACUUGCAUCACUAAACAAAUAACAGUAGAAAACACUAGCCACAGGGAGCUACUUUAUCGCACUCUCAUACUAGGGAAUGCUAGUUCAACUGGAUGCUUUACUGUCAAGGGAAAAGAUGAUUUUAUAUCUGUUCCUCCUAAAAGUUCAGUGUCAGUACCAGUAUCAUUCAAGGCUCAGUGUCUAACUGAGUGUGAAGGGACUUUACUAUUGAUACCAAAGGGAGGUGGAGGGAGACAAGGAUACCCUCUCUCUUUCAAACUAAUUGGACAAGUGAACACUGUACACCCCAAGAGUGUGCUAGUCCAUGAAGUUCCACUCUAUCAGGUUACUAGUCUAUCAGUUCCUAUUGCUAUUCCUCAUGUCACUGAGUCUAUUCUCUUUCAUGUAAAGCUAGUGGAAGGAGAGAAGCUCUCGGAAAAGAGAAUGAAGCUCAAAGCAAACAAGAUGGAUGGUAAAGCUAAAUCAACAGUCACAGAGACUAUCAUCUGCCCUUCAUCACUGACCAAUAGAUCAACUGACUCCAUCAAACUAUUCCACACCAAACAGACAACAAUCACAAUAGGACCUUCACACAAUCGACUGGAGCAGACAGAGCAAGAGAAUAGGCCCAGGAUUGAGUUAGAGUACAUACCAUUAAGGAAAGUCCCUAGAGAUUGUGCUAUCAUAUUGAGCAAUGCACAAUAUGGAGACACUGUCUUUCUUGUCUCUACAACUGUCAGCCUACCAUUAGCAUCAAUGACCCUACCACCAUUCCUGUUACCGUCAACACUCUACGAUAAGGACACAAGGACAGUGUACAUAAGAGGGCCAGUAGGAGAGUCAUUGAGUGAAGUCAUUAACAUACCCACUAGGAAUGAGGACUUUGAGAGAGCAGUGUAUAGACUAGGGGAAUGGGACAUACCCAAAGACGAGAGAGAGAGGCAACACCUGACAGGAUCAUUUGGCUAUGCCUCACUCUAUAAUGCAAUGAAGGCUCUUAAUCUUGAGACUGCCAUAAAGACACACAGGGACUUUUUGCCUCAUGGAGCUGACGAGAUCCACUUUGAUAUUUCGUGUGAUAACUCUGAUCACUUCACUGUACAGGGUGGAAUCUCAAUCCCAGUUUUUAGUAGGAAGACCUCUUCGGUCCUUCCUAUCCAGUUUAUCUGUCAUAAAGACGGCUGCUAUAUGUGUCAUGUUGUACUGACGUCACCUCAUGACAUUAGGGUCUUUCAUAUUGAAGUGAUUGCCAUUUCUAAGAAGGAAGAGCCAGAGCUGGAGUUUAAGAUACCUGCCUUUCAGAAAAUAACACAAAGAAUUCCAUUGCCUAAUCUAAGUACAGUGGAUUGGCCUUUAAAAGCAACACUGACUGGCCAAUGGUUUAAUGGACCUUCUUCUUUGAUCGUCAAAGCAUCAUCCACAGGAUAUUACCCUCUUAACUUUGAGCCACGACACGAGAAAACUGUUAAGUGUCGGUUAGUUCUAGUGAAUGAAAAUGAUAUGAGUGAGCAGUCAUUUCAAUUGAUUGGGAUAGGAGAGAGACCACUAGCACAAGAGAACAUUAACAUGCACACAAGAGCCAAAGAAAGGACAACAAUGAUUCUACAUGUACCCAAUACAAGUGAUCGUACGACUCUGUAUCGUGUUGAAACUGAUAUCGAGUUUAUCACUGGUCCCUCUACAAUAUCAAUAGUUGGUAAUGAUGUUGCUGAUUAUCCCAUCAUGAUUGAGCCAUUGGACAGAGGAAACUACACUGGAGCUAUUGUCUUCUCUGUUGAGUCAAGGAGCGGUAGGAUUAGAGUCAUUGAUGGCUCACCGCUGGAGCACUUGUGGUAUCAAGUUAAUGUGAUAGUUGAUCCAUCAUAUCCAGUGCAUACUUAUACACUGAGGGCUAACACUUUCAGUGAGAGUACACUCAGUGUUAAAAUAAAGAAUCCACUGCCUGAACCAGUUACACUACAAGUUGCUAUAGAAGGAUCAUCAUAUUUAUCAGGCCCUAGUGAGAUAUUAUUGUCUGGAGAGACUGAAGCCGAUUAUACUGUGACCUAUGCUCCUCAGAGACUUGGAAAAGAGAAAGGAGAGAUUAUAGUGACAGGACUACCAGAAGGAGAGAUGGCAAUUGAGAUUAACCUUGAAGCUACCGACCCUAAACCUGUUGAAAUAUCACCGCCUCAGUGUGAGCUGGGCAAAUCUGCCUAUACUGCACUAACAUUGGACAAUCCGUUGGAUCAUGAGGUCAUGUUAGCUUAUCUUCAAACAGAAACUCAUUUUAUUGUCAUUGGGAUUGACAAUGGAACUUUCAUACUACCACCAAAUUCAAGCUCUGACUUAUCUAUUAUGUUUAAACCAACUCAACUGGGAUUUGGAAAUCAAGCUUCACUUGUUUUCACUAGUGAUGAAUUUGGUCGUCAAGAGUUUCUUGUAAAAGGAGAGGGUCUACCACCAUCCCAAUUACCCCAGACAAUCAUCAGUACAGUGUUGUAUCAAAACGCUGUCGCUAUAUUAUCAUUCACUAAUCCUUUGUCUCAUAAAGCAUCAUUUGAUGUCAGCAUGGAGACGGCUUGCGAUCAGUUCUGCCUCUUCUUAAAACAAACUCGUAACAUAGUCCUUGAGUCCGGGGUUUCACUGGACAUACCAGUAAUGUUCACCCCAGACUAUAUAGAGCAAUGCAAUGCUAUGAUACUAGUGACUACUGCUGGUACCACUGAACCAUUAUCAUGGGUGUAUCCUGUACUAGGACAGCCUGAAGUACAACCCUCACCAUCACUCAUACCAACACUCAACACUAAAGCUAAAGAAAGACUACAAGAGAGGCUAGUGGUAUCAUUGCAUAAUCAUCAGGAGGACCUGUCAACUGUUCGUCUGAGGCCUGUUACUCCAGGGCAAGGUUCCCAGUCUCCGAUUGAAGAGGAGUCAUUGAGGGAGAAGUACUCGUAUAGGCUGGUCCUGGUUGAUACUGAUGAUAACGAGGAGAUGGAUCAGCUCUUUCAGGUCUCAACUGCACUCCGUUUAGUGAGGGAGAUUAUAUCAGAAGAUAAGAUUGAGCUUGUUUUUGACAUUGUAUUCCUGCCACCAAAACCAUUCAGUUGUAAAGCUGAUCUUCAGGUCCAACCUAAUAGUUAUGGUAUAUGGCAUUACCCGGUCAUACUAACAGCAACUGAGCCAGUGCCUGAUGAUAUACUGACCCUCCAGGCACACCAUUUAACUGGUGAAGUUAAGAAAGGCUUUAGAUUGACCAGCCUUUCAGAAGCACCUUUCCCUUUCAAAGCUUCUCUGACAUCAUCUUCACCAGAGUUAUCAAUACACCCUACCAGUGGAGUGUUGCCUCCUAUUACUGAGAAAGGUUUGCUGUUUACUGUCAUAUACAAACCAAGGACUUUCAGCAAGGACUGUCAUGGCAGAGUCAUCAUUGAAACUCCUACAACAUACUGGUUGUAUGAGAUUCAUGGUCAGUCAGUCUCCUAUUCAUCUCCUACUGGUACUGCACAGGCUAAAGUGGAUCAUCAAAGUCCUAUCAUACCUCAACCAUCUAACAAGAACUUUAUCCGACGCAACAUGCAACAGCUUCAUGCAGUCUAGCAGAAAAUUGUUUUUCUGUACAAUUGGAAUGUUGUUAGACAUGUACAUGUAUCCAUUCCCUUCUCUUAAUUUUGUGAAAUGUUAUUUAUUACCAUUAAAUCCAGCAAAUAAAUAACUUAUUGUUCCGCCUCUCAAA